ACAGUGCAGCAAAACAACACAGAUCAGGAAGGCGAGGAAGGGAGGGCAGCUUUAGAAGGGGAGAGGGGCACCCAAAUUCCUUGGAUCCCCCUUUCUUAUUGCUACUGCAUAAGGUUUCCCUUUCCAACUUCAGCUACAGUGAUAGCUAAGUUUGGAAAGAAAAAAAUAGGGCGAUAGCGAUUUUGCUGUUUAUUUUGUUUUUAUUCUCUUAUAGAUCAUUUUUUUUAAAGCAAUACUUUUAGAUUAUAUUAUAGUACCAAAUUCGCUUUUUCAGAAAUUAGUCUGCCAAAAAUCAUGGCGAAAACUGGCGAUCAGGAAAACCCAGGAUGUUGCGGUUCCUUUGCAACCUACUUAACAUCUGCCAAAUUUCUCAUGUACCUUGGCCACUCUCUGUCCACCUGGGGUGAUCGUAUGUGGCAUUUUGCGGUUUCUCUUUUUCUUGUUGAACUCUAUGGGAACAGCCUUCUUCUGACUGCAGUCUAUGGGUUAGUGGUGGCAGGCUCCGUCCUUUUUCUUGGAGCUGUAAUUGGUGACUGGGUAGACAAAAACCCAAGGCUAAAAGUGGCUCAGACAUCACUUAUUGUCCAGAAUGUCUCAGUUAUUGUGUGUGGAAUUAUUUUGAUGGUGGUUUUCCUUUACAAGGCGCAACUUAUGUCGAUGUACCAGGGAUGGAUUUUGACUGUCUGUUAUAUAUUAGUCAUCACCAUUGCAAACAUUGCUAAUCUGGCCAGCACAGCCAUGGGCAUCACCAUUCAAAGGGACUGGAUUGUUGUGGUCGCUGGAGAUGACAGGAGCAGAUUAGCAGAUAUGAAUGCUACGAUAAGAAGAAUCGAUCAACUGACAAACAUUUUAGCUCCACUGGCUGUAGGACAAAUAAUGACCUUUGGUUCCCCAGUCAUAGGCUGUGGAUUUAUAGCUGGAUGGAACAUGUUAUCAAUGUGUGUGGAAUACUUCCUUUUGUGGAAAGUGUACCAGAAAACACCAGCACUGGCUAUUAAAUCAGGAAAGAAAGAUGAAGAUCAAGAAUUGAAGCAACUAAAUAUCCAAGUUAUAGACGCAAAUACAAAUAACAAUGAGAAGCCCACUGAAGAUGCAUUCCUUAUGGGAGAGAAAGUUGUAGCUGUUGUGGACGCUCAGAAAGAACCAAGCUGUACCGAAAGAAUGACAGAGCCUUUCCGCACCUUCCGUGAUGGAUGGGUAGCAUACUAUAAUCAGUCUGUGUUUUGGGCUGGAUUGGGUCUGGCUUUUCUCUACAUGACCGUCCUUGGCUUUGACUGCAUAACAACUGGCUAUGCCUACACACAAGGUCUCAGUGGAUCAGUUCUCAGUAUUCUAAUGGGAGCUUCUGCUAUUUCUGGCAUCAUGGGAACUGUGGCCUUCACCUGGCUAAGAAAGAAAUGUGGUCUAAUUCGUACAGGCUUUAUUUCAGGAGUUGCCCAACUAAGUAGCCUUAUUCUCUGUGUGAUCUCAGUUUUCAUGCCUGGAAGUGCCUUGGAUCUAUCAGUUUCUCCAUUUGCAGACAUCAGCACUCGUUUCUUGGAGGGCGAGACAUUGCCCACCAUGUCUCCUGUUCCUGAUGUGUACUUUACCACUGAUAUGCAGAACCUAGUAAAUAACUCCACAUCCCAGUUUAGUGAUUCAGAAGCUGGUGUAUCACUCAUCUCUGUCAGUCUUUUGUUUGCUGGGGUUAUCGCAGCUAGAGUUGGCCUUUGGUCCUUCGACCUGACAGUUACACAGCUCCUUCAAGAAAAUGUAAUUGAAUCGGAAAGAGGCAUUAUAAAUGGGGUUCAGAACUCUAUGAAUUAUUUACUGGACCUUCUGCACUUCAUCAUGGUAAUCCUAGCCCCAAAUCCUGAAGCCUUUGGGUUGCUAGUGCUCAUUUCUGUGUCCUUUGUUGCUGCGGGUCAUGUUAUGUAUUUCCAAUAUGCUUACCUAAAUCUAGGAAAGCAGGUGUUUGCUUGCUGUUCCCCUGAGCCCAAAACAGUGCCUGGUGAGAAUCAAUGUGAAGAGGCCUCUGUUGUUUAAAUAGUUCCUAAGAGCAGUUAAUGUAGCAGUUCUCUGUGUUGAUUAGUGUAUGUUUAAAAGUGUUAUUCUGGAGUAGUUACAGUGCACAACAAAUAUUGAAAUGGAAACUAGUGGAAAAAUCUACUUAGUCAAACAAAACAAUGCCUAUGACACUUGAAAGUACACAAGUUUGAGUAAAGAUUUUACAUUUGUAAAUGCCUCGUUUAUAUUCAGCCACUUUUUAGUCAAAGAACAGUCUAAGCCUGGACUUCAGCUUUCAAGGGCCAAUACAAUAUGAGUGACGAAAAGAGUAGUAUUAAAAUGUCAGAUAACUAGCAAAUCUGACUGAGAUGCCCAAUUUUGUAAACAAAAUUCAUAUAUGAAAACAGCCAGUGUAUUUUACAAAUAAAUGCACUAUUUAGUGUUUUUUUUUUUUUUGCAAUUACAUUGGGGUUGGACAUCAUUCCAGCUACAAUUUCCAGAUUCUGAAUUUCCCUGAUCCAACACUGAGUAAUAUUCUCUCUCUCUCUCUCUCUCUCUCUCUCUCUCUCUCUCUCUCUCUCUCUCUCU